ACUGACGUUAAACACAAUAACCAAACCUAGAAAUCAAAGAUGAGCGACGAUUCCAAAUCUCCGAUGUAUGCCCUCCGGCGAUGAUUCAAUGUUUGCUGGUGAUAAGGGUUUUUGAGUUUUCCGGUCAAAGAAGUUUCCAGUCUGUCGUCGUCUUCUCUCGUCUCCUCGUAUCGUUUCUCUCGCUUCCGACACUUGGAUUAUUUGUCUUCUUCUUCUUCUUCUUCCUCUUCUCAGUCUGUGACAUGCUGGAGGACAAGAGGCAUCAGCCAGCUGUUCUACAGAGCCUUGGAUGUAAUAUAGCGCAACCGGACUUGGCGCCGCCUCCUCAGAAACUGAAACCCAUCAGGUGCCUUGUUAAGCCUUCCUCUGAGGAUCCACAUCCUCUUGAUAUUCUCGCCGGAAGUCUAGACAGGCUUCCGGAGAUGGGAGGUUUUCUUGAAGUCGGCUGCUUUGAUGCUCCUUUGGGCUCCAAUAUUGCUGACGUGGAGGAAAGUGGUCAGUUGACGCGUGGGUUUGGCAAGGGUGAGCUCGAAAUGGUGCUUCAAGGUCGAGUCUCCACACAUCGCGCAUCGCGUGAUCGUGUGUCUCUGAGUUCAUCUGCUGAUAGUGAUAGCGAUGGCGAGUCUUCCCAGGGGGUUGGCAAGGCGGUCACGGGUAAAAGAAAGCGGGAAACGAGAGAAAAGCUGGAGCGUUUCAUGGAGAAGCUGGUGGGGACUAUGAUGAAGCGGCAAGAGAAGAUGGAUAACCAACUGAUCAACGUGAUGGAGAAGAUGGAGCGAGAGAGAGUGAGGAGCGAGGAAGCUUGGAGGCAACAGGAAAUGGAAAGGAUGAAGCAGAACGAGGAGGCACGGAAGCAAGAGAUGUCACGCAGCUCGUCCCUCAUCUCCUUCAUCAAAAGUCUUCUUGGUGAAGAGAUCAAGAUCGCUCAGCCACUCCAGACCAUUUCCAACCGACGUGAAUGGGAUCAGACACAGGGAGAGGUAACGCUUGUGUUUCCAAGCGGAAGAAGGUGGCCGCAAGAGGAAGUGCAGGCGUUGAUAGCUAGCAGAAGCGAAGUGGAAGAGAAGACAGGGGUGGUUCACAAGGGAGCGAUAUGGAAUGAGAUAUCAGCAAGAAUGAAGGUCAAAGGGUACGAACGAUCUGCGAAGAAGUGUAAGGAGAAGUGGGAGAACAUGAACAAGUACUACAAGAGAGUGAUGGAAAGUAGCAAGAAACAGCCUGAGCACACUAAGACUUGCUCUUACUUUGAGAAACUAGGAAACUUUUACAAGACCAACUCAGUGACUGCAGAACACUCGGGAGAGAGGGAACAAUGAGUGUGCGGGUAAACGUUUAAAAUUAGUUUUUUUUUUUCUUACGGAAGCUUGUAGAUGAUUUCUCGAGUUUUUUGAAAUGUUGGUGUAGUUACGAGUUUGUACUUUGUA